UCUUUGAAAAAGAACUAAUCUCGGGCAUGCCCUUCCUUUUGUCAACAAGAUCAGUUGCAUUUUACUGUAUUCAGUAUUGUUACAGAUUCGCAGAAUGUCUCUGCUAGUUCGAAGAUGCAAAUUCUGGUAUCCAACGCUAGUAAACAAGCUAAAGCUUCAUAAAUUACACGCUUGGUCGUUAACUAACCUGAUUUGGACUUCAAGAAGUUUUUGCAAUGCACACGCGAAACCGAGUAUUUUAGAUGAUAGAGCUAAAAAGUUUUUAGAUUAUCUCAUGAAUGAAUACAGAAAUAAGUCUUGGCAAAGUAAUAACUUUAUCGAUUUUGUCGAUUUAAAUGCUUCCAGUAAUUUAUUUAACGAAAGAGUACAACUUGUAGAAAAUAUUCAAAAUUUAGAUGAUUUAGGUAAAUAAAAUGCAGAAAUAAAAAAGUUAGCGGAAAAAGAAAAGGAGUUGUACGAAGAACAAUUAAAUGAACUUGAUGAAAGUCUGUUGCAUAUGAUACUAGCAAACAUGUGCAAAGAUUUUUACAGUAACAUCAUAGUUGAAAUAACAGCAGGUGUUGGUGGUCAGGAAGCAAUGCUGUUUGUCAAAGACUUGUAUGAUAUGUACAUAGGUUACGCCAAGUAUUUAGAUUUGGAUUACGAUGUGAUAGACAUAGAGAUGACUGAUAAUAAGGGUAUUAGACACGUCAGUAUUAUGAUGUCUGGUGAUCAAGUUAACAAGUUUCAACACGAAGGUGGUGUACACCGAGUACAACGGGUACCAGCCACAGAAAGAUUAGGCAGAGUACAUACCAGUAUUGCCUCAGUGGCAAUUUUGCCAGUGCCAUCAGAAAUACAAAUAGCGAUUAAUGAGAAAGAUCUAAAAAUAGAGACAAAAAGAUCGUCUGGCGCAGGUGGUCAACAUGUGAACACUACAGAUUCUGCAGUGAGAAUAACGCAUUUACCAAGCGGGCUCAGCGUAAGUUGCCAAAUACAUAGAACGCAAGGUAAGAAUAAAAAAAUUGCGAUGGACAAACUGAGGAGUAUCCUGUAUGAGCAGCAAUUAAAUAAGCAAACGUCAUUCGUGAGUAAAUUACGAGAGAAACAAAUGGGAUUAGGAUUCAGGAACGAGAAGAUCAGGACAUAUAAUUAUAAUCAGGAUCGUGUGACUGACCAUAGGCUAAAUCAGAAUGGGACUUUCUACAACUUGAUACAGUUCAUGCAAGGUGGAGCAGCUCUAGAGGAAUUGGAGAAAAGAUUGUGUGAUCACAUACGGACAGAGAUGUUGCUAGAAGUUAUAAAAAAAUUGGAGACACAAUCGAAUUAAUGUUAAUCCAUUCUAGAUUAUUAUUUUGAUAUAAAAGAUUGUAUAGGAUUUGUUUUACAUAGGCAAGCCAUUGUACAGAACACA